CCGAAUCGAGUGGUGCUUGAUUUUAAAACCGGAAUGGAGUCGGUCGUGUAUGAUUUUCAAUGUUUUCAAGCUGUUUUGAUUUGUUUCUUGUUGGCAUUACUAUAUGUCGGUAGUUUGUAUAUUUGGAAGGAGAACAGCAAACUAAAAAACAGAGAUCAUCCAGAGAUUAUUCGCAGGCGCUUUGUCAGCGUUACCAUUGUGUGCAUUCUUGCCAUUCCUAUAAUUUGGUGGUUUGGUACUCCUUCAAGUAAGGACUCGGCACACACAUUUCUUGAAUGGCUUGGUUUACGUUUCUCUGGUCUUAUAACUGCUCUAGUGAUACCACUACUGUUAACUAUGGUCCUGUUUUUGGGUCCACUUAGUUUACAUUACAUCGAUGGAGUGUUCAGACUGUACCUUGAGCCUAGGUAUUGGGUCACCAGCUGCAAGAACUAUAUCUGGCUGAGAAAUCAUGUCGCAGCUCCAAUCUCUGAGGAGUUUAUAUUCCGAGCGUGCAUGCUGCCCUUGCUAGUCCCACACUUCGGGGAGGGAUGGUCCAUCUUCAUAGCCCCUCUCUUCUUCGGAGUCGCACAUCUCCAUCAUUUGAUAGAGAAGAUUACACAGAAUAAUGAAGAAGUUGCUGAUGCCAUAAAAUCUUCAGUAUUUCAAAUGGCCUUCACCAGCUUGUUUGGUGCCUACUCAGCAUUUCUGUUUUUACGAACAGGUCACCUGGUAGCGCCAGUGCUUGUGCACGCGUUCUGUAACCACAUGGGAUUCCCCGCGUUCAACGAGGUUCUUGCGCUUGAGGACACGACUUUGCGACGGAGGGUGAUUGCAGCCUUUGUUGUUGGUCUUCUAGCCUGGAUGUAUCUGCUGUUUCCCCUCACGUCACCCUUCCUGUACAGUAACGAGAUCUACCAUUGUUGAGAGCUGCACCCUAAUGUUCACAAUUGUUCUCCCUUGUUUCUUCCUCUUCAAGAGCAAUAUCUCCCACUUUAGUGCAACUUUCACCUUUGAGAAAAAAAUUGCUGACAUGAUAAGUAAAAUGAAAAUACUUUAUCCAAAAAAAUAUUUUUAUAAAUACCACUUAUUUAUUUUGGUACAAUGAACUAAGAAAAUGAAUUCUUUUGUUAAGAUUCCUUCAUCUUCAUAUUGUUAUUCUUCAUUUGACACGAAUUGUUAAGUUUGUUAUAAAACUGCCUUUAUUAGUUGUAUAAUAACCUGUAUGUAUGAUUGUGUUUGAGACUCUGUACCUUAAAGGUAUUACGUGUGCAAUGAUUCUAUGCAGACAGGACGAUACAUUUGAAAUUAUUGCUUCAAAAUCAUGUUACAAAAUAGUCAUGUAUUUUUAUUAGGCUUACAUAUAUUCUCAGGGCCAAAACUUGUUGAGCAUUUGGUUAUCACUAAUUAUGGCUUCAAUACAUUUGUUGAGCAUUAGGAAUAUGACUUCAAUAUAAUUGUUGAACGUAAAAACCAAGUGAAAGUUUAGAGAUUCUAUGGUUUUUAUAGUCAGGCUUGUUCAUUUUGCUAUUACGCAUAAUGAUAUAGAGCCUAUAUAUAUUAUAGACUAGUGCUUAAAAUACUGAUCAUCUAGCAAUGUUUUUCCAGCCAGACCAAUUGGCAUUUUAUACUGAAAUGCUUUGCUAGCAUUUUGAUAAAGUUGUGACACCAGAAUAGGAUGAAGGCAUUAAAAUGACCAGCAAGUAUUAAUCAAUGUGUAUACUCAGCUACUCCAUCAUAAAACAUCAUUGUAGUUGUAUUUAUUUUGCAUAAUUAGUGCACACAUGUAUAAUUAGUUAAGUUAUUAUUGAAAUAGAACAGUUCAUUCAGCUUUGUUACAUUUUAUUCAGUCGUUGUUAUGAAAAUUACAGCUAUCACAUAUCAAAUCACGAAGGUCAUUAUUCAACAAUUUAACAAGGGAGGUAACCCUUGAAUUAUUUAUUCAUGUCAUUGUAUUUCAUUCAUUUAUUAAGCUGACACAGUUAUCUCCAGCUCCUGGAACAACAUUGUAAUCUUAUGUUUUAUUUUGUGUCAGUCCUGUGUUUGAGUGCAUUUAAGCAGUUUUUGUUGCUUUUUGUCCCUUGAUCAAUAUUUUUUGCAAGCUUUUAUUUAUGUUUUAUGUUUUGUUGGUAUUCAUCAUCAUACUACUCAUGGCUAUAUAUUAUGUAUUACAUUAUCUUCUUAAAAACAGCCCUACAGACCAGACAUCCACUGUACCCUUUUUUAUGCACAACAGUUUUAUGUGUUAAGCUAAUGGAUAUUUCAUGUGAUAUUCUAGUCUACUAAUGAACUACAGAAAAAAUAGAGAUACUUGAGUGUGUCCUUAUGUGUUUAAUUUGUCAUCCUAGUGUUAUCCUCAACAUGUUUACCACCAUAUCUGCUCCUCCUAGUGUUGGCCACCAUGUCAGAUCCUCCUUGUAUAAGCCAACGUGGCCGCUCCUCCAAGUGUAAGCCAUCCUCUUCAUCUUAGUGUUAACCUACUUGUCCAGUGUGUGUAUACCACGUCAUAAAUUGCGGCAAAAUGCUAUGUUGGAAGGCAGUAUUUUGUUUUGAAAGAAGCCUUAAAACAAAGAUAUCUUUACUAUUUUUUCACCAUUCUAAAUGAAACAUAGCGCAGUCUAAGCCGCUUACAGAGCCAGAGGCCUUCAGUCUUUUACCAGAGUUUGAUUGAGAUUUAAAACAAAACUGCUGCCUGAUGGACUAGCAUUAUUUUGGAAACCGGUGUGUCGAAUUGCUUGAGGAAACUAAUCACCGAAUCAAACUUCGAUAAUAAAACGAAGGAAGGGCUCUUUUAGUGGCAUAGAUUGCGCUUUGUUUGAUUUAAGAUAGUGAAGAAAAAGCAAAUACAUCUUUAUUUUAAGUCUUCAUUUGAAGCAAAAGGUUGCCUUCAUAUGUAGCAUUUAUGACAUAAUUUAUCACCUGGUAUACACACUGCUGUCCGCUUCUCCUAGUGUAAGGUCUGUCUUCUUUUGUUGGCUCCUUGUGUCAGCUACCCUAGCCGCUCCUUUUGUAUUGGUUUUUCCUAGUGUUAGCCACCCUACCCGCUCCUCUUUAUCUACACCGUCUGUUCCUCUUAGUAUUACCCUUCCUGUCGGCUCCCAAGUGAUAACAUACCCAAGCUUAUCCUCCUAAUGUAAGCCAACCCUGAAUGCUCCUCCUUGAGUUAGCAACCCUGGCUGCUCCUCCUUGAGUUAGCCACUCUGACUGCUACUCCUAAUGUAAGCCACCCUGGGUUCUCCUCCUAGUGUCGGCCACCCUGGCUGCUCUUAGUUUAAGUCACCCUGACUGCUCUCCUAGUUUAAGCCACCCCGGCUGCUCUCCUAGUGUAAGCCACCCUGGCUGCUCCUCCUAGUGUAGGCCACCCUGACUGCUCUCCUAGUGUAAGCCACACCGGCUGCUCACCUAGUGUAAGCCACCCUGGCUGCUCCUCCUAGUGUAGGCCACCCUGACUGCUCUCCUAGUGUAAGCCACACCGGCUGCUCACCUAGUGUAAGCCACCCUGGCUGCUCCCUAGUUUAAGCCACCCCAGCUUUUCUCCUAGUGUAAGCUACCCUGACUGCUCCUCCUAGUGUAGGCCACCCUGACUGCUACUCCUGGUGUAUGCCACCCUGACUGCUCCUCCUAGUGUAUGCCACCCUAACUGCUCCUCCUAGUGUAGGCCACCCUGACUGCUCCUCCUAGUGUAGGCCACCCUGACUGCCUCCUAGUGUAAGCUACCCUGACUGCUCUUCCUAGUGUAGGCCACCCUGACUGCUACUCCUAGUGUAGGCCAUCCUGACUUGACUGCUCCUCCUAAUGUAGGCCACCCUGACUGCUCCUCCUAGUGUAAGCUACCCUGACUGCCCCUCCUAGUGUAGGCCACCUUGACUGCUCCUCCUAGUGUAGGCCACCCUGACUGCUCCUCCUAGUGUAAGCUACCCUGACUGCUCCUCCUAGUGUAGGCCACCCUGACUGCUCUCCUAGUGUAGGCCACCCCGGCUGCUCUCCUAGUGUAAGUCACCCUGACUGCUCUCCUAGUGUAAGCCACCCUGGCUGCUACUCCUGGUGUUGGCCACCCUGGCUGUUCCUUCUAGUGUAGGCCACCCUGACUGCUACUCCUAGUAUAAGCCAUCCUGGCUGCUACUCCUGGUGUAGGCCACCCUGGCUGCUACUCCUAGUGUAGGCCACCCUGACUGCUCCUCCUAGUGUAGGCCACCCUGACUGCUACUCCUGGUGUAUGCCACCCUGACUGCUCCUCCUAGUGUAUGCCACCCUAACUGCUCCUCCUAGUGUAGGCCACACCGGCUGCUCUCCUAGUGUAGGCCACCCCGGCUUCUCUCCUAGUGUAAGUCACCCUGACUGCUCUCCUAGUGUAAGCCACCCUGGCUGCUACUCCUGGUGUUGGCCACCCUGGCUGCUCCUCCUAGUGUAGGCCACCCUGACUGCUACUCCUAGUGUAAGCCAUCCUGGCUGCUACUCCUGGUGUAGGCCACCCUGGCUGCUCCUCCUAGUGUAGGCCACCCUGACUGCUACUCCUAGUGUAAGCCAUCCUGGCUGCUACUCCUGGUGUAGGCCACCCUGGCUAAUCCUCCUAGUAUAAGCCACCCUGAAUGCUCCUUGAGAAAGCAACCCUGGCUGCUCCUCCAUGUGUUAGCCAUCCUGUGGGCUCAUUCUGUAUCAGAUUUUCCUACUGACAGUCACCCUAGUAUUCCCUCUUUGUGUAAGCCACCUAGUCCGUUUCUCCCUGUCUCGUCCACCCUAGUCACUCCUCUUUGUGUUAGACACCGUGCCUGUUUUUUCAUUGUGUUGGCCACUCUAUCGGUUUCUAUGAGUGUUAGCCACCCAAGUAGAUCCUCUUUUUGUCAGGAAACCUAGUUGCUCCUCUUUGUAAUAGCCUUCCUAGUCGACCCUCUUUGUGUUAGCCUAACAUAUUCGUUUCUCCUUGUGUAAGCCACCCUAUUUGUUUUUAUUAGUGUAAGCCACUCUAUUGGAUUCCCCUUGUGUAAGCCACCAUGUCCGUUUCUCCUAGUGUUAGCCACCAUGGUCGCUCUUCUUUGUGUAAGCCACCCUAGCCGCUCCUCUGUGUUAGCCACCCUGCUUAUUUCUCGUAGUGAAAGCCACCCAGCCGCUCCUCUUUGUGAUAGCCACCCUGUUUGUUUCUUUAGUGUAAGCCACCAUAUAGCUUCCCAAUUGUGUUAACCACCUAAGUCGCUCCUCUUUUGUGUCAGCCAUCCUGUCCGUUAUUAAAGGAGCAAACGAAAUUCUGACUUAAUGAAAAGUUAAAAACGGGAGUCUGUAACAUAUUUAUAUUUAACUGGUCUCAAAGGGCAGUAAUGAAAGUAGAUAAAUGCCAGUCUGGAAUAAAAGGUACAUGCUUUAUUUAUUUUUAAAAUUUCUUUUGCAUAUUGUAAGCUAAUGAUACUAUUGUUUGAUUCAGAGGCAUUUCGUUAAUCGCAUAAUUUUGGAUUUGGAACUAUUCUUGUAUAUAGCUUAAAAAUUAUUUCGAUUUUUUUUUUAAACACAGUCUACAGAUGCUGAUUUUAAAUUUUCUUCUACCCUAGUCUUACAAUUGGUGCAUUUACGUGUUCAUUUAUGUUUCGGGAUUAUAAAUAACGUAAAUAAUUCUAAACACCGCACGACAAAUGGUGUGGCCAUUUUGCGUUCUAUACAAGUUCUGAUGUUAUUGCAGAAUUGACCAUAAAAGUAACAUGAUAUUGCCUGCUGUUUGUGUUCAGUUAUUUAUAAGUAUUAUUGCAAUGGUCAAUACAUGCACGGUCUACUUGUAUUCUGUUUAUAUAUCUUUGCAAAUAUACUGUAGUUUGUUAUUGUAUUAUGAUGAAAUAAAUCUGAAAGUCUAAUCACA